AUGGACCCUGCGGGUCGCCGCGAGCGUCGUCGCGUAGGACAUGGCAGCAUCUACCUGCAGUCUGAGGGCCUCAAUGCUAGCAUGCUGGGAAAGAAAGCCCGGACGAUCGUCAUGCGCGAGAUGGGAGGGAAGAUCAAGCCGGUCAAGGGGCUGCCGGUCGAAGAGCUUGCAGUUCCCAAGUUUGAUAUUCAAGAAUCCAUUGAGGCGGACGAGAAGGACUUCACGAUGGAGAUAGCUCUGGCCAACGUUGACGAUAUCCGUCCCACCGACCCCAUCGUCUUGCGGAGCGAGUUCGAUGGGCUGCUGGAGGUGCUUGUGAACGGGUUCACAGUUGCUCAGCUCAGGGCAUAUGUUGCGCGCGAGACCGCGAAGGCUCGGACAGCGGUUGCAGAGGAGAAGGCGCCGCAGUACGAUUGGGCCCGCGACGAGACCCCCUGGACCCCCUUCCAGAGGCCAGAAGUUGUUGGAUCUCCCAAGGAAAGGCUUGCCCUGACCAUCAUGAUCGAGGCUUGGCGCCUAAACAUCAGGGAGAUGCUUGACAGCAUGGGCUCCUUUAGCGCCAAGGUCGAGGACAAGUUCUUUGUACUCUUAGCGAGGGACCACGCGAGACUUGAUGCGAUCAGAGACGCCUACCUCGAUGAGGGAGAAAGUAUUGAGCUAGCCGACUCGCGAGUCACUAUCACGGCCACCAAAGCGAAGACAGAAACCAUCCUAAAGAAAAUGGACGAAGCUGCUCAAGCUGUAGUCACCAGCCACGUCGAAGCCGCUUGGCUUUCCAACUGCGACUCUCGCUCUGCCUUACUGCGUCGCUUAGGCCACCUCACCACCACCUUCAUCACGUAUAGUACCAAGACUCGCAUUCUUCAUAUUUCAUGGUUCAAAGACGGAACUGCGCGUGAAAACGACGCCGCCGAACAACUAGAACACGUCGUCACACGUCUCCUGUACACCGCGUUCCAUCCCAGAGAUGCCUCUGUCUCUCUCACGUACGACCCCAAGGACGACGCCGGCACACUUGUCCCUGAACUGCGCGGAGAGGAAAAGCUCCCAUGGAAGCACAGACUCACCCAGUGGUCUCGCUAUGUGACGCCCGCCGGUCGCGUUUCUCCGCCGGAAUCAACACCCCGUCUCAAAGCCAGGGAUGUUCUGCCCCAUUCUCUGCAACGACCCGUCCAAGAUCCCGACACUCCUUGGAGCAAGCAAUACACUUCGACUCUGGCCUCCUUCGGCCAGAUUCUUCAUGAGAACAAGAAUCGAUUCAGCCUGGCUGCGGCGGCUGAGGCCAAAAAUCACGUCUUCUCACCGACUUCUCCUCAUCCCACAGGUCUUGCCGCCUUGUCUAAGGCGCUUUCUACUACUCCGGUGCAACCUAUCCAGACGACCAUAGUCCUUGGCUUCCACCUACAUCCUUCUUUGCGUGAGAUGGAGGAUCUGCCUCGUCAUCUCGAACUCCGCCUCACCCUCCCUGAGGAACUUCCUGAAGGCCCGCUGGCAUGGGACGCCUGCAAAAAGGACCUCGUCGCGGUCCUCGGCCAGAGUUCGACCGACGUCGCCUACCCCUCCGAACCUGUUGACCUGCGGCUGUCCCAGUCGCUGCUCUCCGCAAUGUCGCCUGCUGCCCUUGAUACCUCUCCUUUCCGCGAGUAUACCGAGACUGCCAAGCUAGACCUUGUAGCCGGUCGUCUCCGCCCGCCGCCUGAGAUUGAACUCACCGACCUUCCCUCUAUAAGGGGCGGUGGCGUCGUCGGUGGCACGGCCAAGUAUGUCUUCUCUGGCCUCGAGAUGCGUCGGACUCUGAAUGUAGAUUACGAGGGCCAUAAGCUUCAUUACACGGGCGUCGAGGCGGGUCUGCACGGCGGUCGGCGUUCGGAGCUGGUUCUUGAGGCGCAGCUGAAUGACGAGAACACGGCAGACGGAUCAGAGGAGGCUUUCGCCGAGAGAUACUUAUCUGUGGCAGCCGAUCUGGUGAAGGGGAGAGCCUUUAAGUGGUUUGGGGAGAGGGACGUUGCGCGGGAAUUUGAUGCUGUUGUCGCUGAAGACGUAGAGGCGCAGCAUGUCCCGACAACGAGUGAGCCUCAAGUUGCCGAAGAGCAGUCGAGCGCCGCAGUGGAGACGGCAGUCAAUCCCACCGCUGCUGGGGAGCAAGAAAAAGACACUAUUUCCUGGGAGGGAAGGUGA